AUGUCCGACACCAAAUCAUCCGUCGGCCCUGAUUACCAGCAUGAGAGUCAAAAGCCGACAGCAACGGUUUCUACCCCAGUAGAGGGCGUCGGUUCUCUCAUCGUUCUCCCUCAGACUCCCCAGCUGAUUGCUCUGCUCUCCAUAAUCCGUAACAAGGAUACCAACCGCGGAGACUUUAUCUUCUACGCCAACAGGAUCAUUCGUCUGUUGGUAGAGGAGGGUCUCAACCAUCUGCCUACAGUCGAGCACACCGUAACGACGCCUGUCGGCCGGACCUAUGAUGGGCUGGCAUUCCAAGGCAAGAUCUGUGGUGUGUCUAUUAUGCGGGCCGGAGAGGCCAUGGAACAAGGUUUGAGGGAGUGCUGCCGGUCCGUCAGAAUCGGUAAAAUCUUAAUUCAGAGAGAUGAGGAAACGGCCCAACCAAAGCUCUUUUACGACAAGCUUCCCGAUGAUAUUGCCAACAGAUGGGUCCUCCUGCUUGAUCCCAUGCUUGCCACGGGUGGUUCUGCCAUUAUGGCGGUGGAUGUUCUAAAGUCUCGCGGUGUUCCCGAGGAGCGCAUUCUGUUCCUGAAUGUUUUGGCGAGUCCUCAGGGCGUCCGAAACUUUGCCAGCAAGUACCCCAAGGUCCGCAUCGUGACCGCGUUUGUGGAUGAGGGCCUGAAUGAGAAGAAGUAA